UGCUCAAUGUGUAUCGAGACGCGAGUGUGAAUGCACAUGCUCCGUGCGCUCAGUGGUUCGAAGAUUUUUUUUGUUGGAGUGUUCCGUUAAGAAACAGCAAGAAUAGGGCCGAGAAGAGCGGGAGGAGGAUACUGGUGAGGAAACCCAAGGUGUGAGUGAUCUCUUUGGCAGCGUUUUUCUCGAGGAACCUCUCAAUCUUGGAGGGAUUCGGAUUGUGUGAAGAUUUUGAAUUGUGAUCCAGUAGGAAAAAUCUCCAUGAAUGAAGAAGUGAAUGAGCGCAAUAGAAUGGAGCAAUGCUAAAAUAGUGUGAACGGAAGAUGCAGAUUUGAUAGUUGGCCGUUAGUACGAAGCGGUUUUUAAAAGUCCAUAGGGACUUGACACAGUAUCUGAUGAAAGCAGCGAUUUAGUGAAACCAGAUCAAUGAUGGCCGAAGAAGAAUCAUCGGUAGAAUAUUAAAUGAAAAAAAUCAAGGUGCCGGUGAUAAUUGAAGAAGAAAAAUCUACAACCAACAUCAAGCUUAAGCAAUGAAUGGUGCUACGAAGCUGCAUUACAACAAUGAGUGUCAAUCGGGUGGUUGGGCCUUUUAAGACCCUGGAAGAAUCGUGGUGACCUCAACGUUGAGGAUAAUUUCUAUAAAAAGUUCAAACGAAUGGAAGAAUCAAACCUUGGAUGUUAUAAGAGUGUUGCGAAAAAAGAAAGGUGCUAAAACUAGUGUGCGUAGACCGGGUCAACCAGACUACGGAGCGGGUUGGACCGGAACCUUCCCGCGCCUAAAAGGAUUUACCCGUAACGUAAUAAAACUGCGACUCACGGAAGUUUUCGGGAUAACCUCUAUCUGGACUAAAUCUGGAACUAUGUGGUCGUUCAAGACCACCAUCCGCAAAAGGUCCUCCGACGGCCUUCGCGGCACCUCUGGACUGUCGAACUCUCGGAUUAAGCUGCUCAUCUUUGGUUUAUUUCUGGCCGUUGUGAUAGAUUCCGCUUCCGGUUUUCUGUCGUGUUCCCCGUCGCCGUGCAAAAAUGGAGGAACAUGCCUAAAUAAACCGAACGGAUCAUCCUACUGCAACUGCACAUCGCGACAUACCGGUGAAUUUUGUGAGUUUACGAAUCCGUGUCACAUCGGUGCGGGUCCCCGGUGUCAGAACGGUGGGACCUGCGAGGUGACGUUCCGCGAUGGCAUUCCGUCAUUUUCGUGUCGUUGUCCGAUCGGGUACACCGAAAGUUUGUGCGAAAUUCCGGUUAAGAACGCGUGCGAUUCGUCUCCGUGCAGCAACGGCAGUACCUGCAAGCUGAAAACGCUGACCGAGUACACGUGCCUCUGCGCCACCGGAUAUUCGGGGAAGUUCUGUGACAAGCAGAACCUCUGCGCGUCAUCUCCGUGUCGCAACGGAGGCACUUGCACACUGUCCCCAACCGGGCAUGUCAAAUGCAUCUGCCCGAAGGGGUUCAAGGGCUCGACGUGCUCCGAGGAUAUCGAGGAGUGCAUCAAGAGCCCUUGUGCCAACGGUGGCAAGUGUGUCAACACGCAUGGAUCGUACCAAUGCAUGUGUGAACCCGGAUACACUGGAAAAAACUGUGAAUCGCACUACAUCCCGUGUUCGCCGUCGCCGUGUCAAAAUGGAGGCACUUGCAAGCAGUCGACAAAGUUUAACUACGAAUGCAAAUGUCCGCCAGGCUUCCAAGGUAAAAACUGCGAGGAGAACAUCGACGACUGCCCGGGCAAUAUGUGCCAAAACGGUGGCACUUGCGUGGACGGGGUCAACGCGUAUCACUGCAAGUGUCCGCCGAGCUUCACCGGCGAUUACUGCGACACGGACGUGGACGAGUGCGUUCAGCAGCCGACGAUCUGCAAGAACGGUGCCACCUGUACCAACACCCACGGCGGGUACAACUGUAUUUGCGUGAAUGGCUGGAACGGCCCAGAUUGUAGCAACAAUAUCGACGAUUGUGUGGACGCAGCAUGCUUCAAUGGGGCCACCUGUAUUGACGGUGUCGGUAGCUUCUACUGCCGGUGUACGCCCGGCAAGACCGGACUGCUGUGUCAUCUUGACGAUGCGUGCACUUCGAAUCCGUGUCACGCGGAUGCCAUCUGUGAUACCAGCCCGAUCAACGGAUCGUUCACGUGCUCCUGUGCGUUGGGCUACAAAGGGAUUGACUGUUCCGAGGAUAUUGACGAGUGCGAUCAAGGUUCCCCGUGUGAGCACAACGGCAUCUGCGUCAACACGCCCGGCUCGUUCGCCUGCAACUGUACCCAGGGCUUCACCGGUCCCCGUUGCGAGACCAACGUCAACGAGUGCGAGUCGCAUCCGUGCCAGAACGAGGGCAGCUGCCUCGACGAUCCGGGAACGUUUCGCUGCGUUUGCAUGCCAGGAUUCACCGGAACGCAGUGCGAGAUCGACAUCGACGAGUGCGCCACCAACCCGUGCCUCAACGGUGGCAUCUGCCGGGACCUGAUCAACUCGUUCAAGUGCACCUGCGCCAUCGGUUUUACGGGACUUCGCUGCCAGAUCAACAUAGACGACUGUCUGUCGCAACCGUGCCGAAACGGGGGCAUCUGUCACGACUCCAUCGCCGGUUAUACAUGCGAGUGUCCACCCGGCUACACGGGCAUGUCCUGCGAAACGAACAUCAACGAUUGUGCCUCGAACCCAUGCCACCGGGGAAUCUGUAUAGACGGGGACAAUUCCUUCACCUGCCAGUGCAGUCCGGGUUACACCGGUUACCUCUGUCAGAUUCAAAUCAACGAGUGCGAGUCGAACCCGUGCCAAUUUGGGGGACACUGUGAGGAUCUGGUUGGAGGGUACCGUUGUCGCUGUCAACCGGGAACAUCCGGUCCCAACUGCGAAGUCAACGUCAACGAGUGCCACAGCAACCCAUGUCGACAUGGCGCCAAAUGCAUCGAUGGUAUCAACCGGUACACGUGCCAAUGCGUACCAGGUUUCACCGGAACGCAUUGCGAAACGAACAUCAACGAGUGUGCAUCAGACCCAUGUGCCAAUGGAGGAGUUUGCAUGGACCUGGUCAACGGUUUCCGCUGCGAGUGCCCUCGCGGGUACUUCGAUGCUCGAUGCCUGAGCGACGUGGACGAAUGUGCUUCAAAUCCUUGCAUCAACGGUGGUCGUUGCGAAGAUGGCGUUAACCAAUUCAUCUGCCAUUGUCCACCGGGCUACGGUGGCCGUCGCUGCGAAACGGAUAUCGACGAAUGCGGAUCCAAUCCUUGCCAGCAUGGCGGUAUCUGCCGGGAUGGCCUCAAUUCCUACACCUGUCAGUGCAUGCCUGGCUAUUCAGGCAGGAACUGUGAAAUCAACAUCGACGACUGCGUUAACAAUCCGUGCCGAAACGGAGGUUCCUGCAUCGAUCUGGUCAACGGAUACAAAUGUGUCUGCCGUGUCCCCUUCACCGGACGCGAUUGUGAAUCAAAAAUGGAUCCCUGCCUACCGAAUCGCUGCCGCAACGGGGCCAAGUGUUCGCCCAGCCCGAAUUACAUGGACUUCUCGUGUAGUUGCACUCUGGGCUACACCGGAAGACUAUGUGACGAAGACAUCAACGAAUGUGCACUAUCCUCCCCAUGCAGAAACGGUGCCACCUGUCGAAACACCAACGGAUCUUACCAAUGCCUCUGUGCCAAAGGCUACGAGGGUCGUGAUUGCACAGUCAACACUGACGACUGUGCUUCAUUCCCAUGUCAAAAUGGCGGAACUUGCUUGGACGGUAUUGGAGACUACACCUGCCUUUGCGUGGAUGGCUUCGAAGGCAAGCACUGCGAAGUGGACGUCAACGAGUGCUUAUCGUUGCCCUGCCAGAACGGAGCUACGUGUACACAAUACGUCAAUUCGUACACCUGCACCUGCCCGCUCGGGUUCAGUGGAAUGAACUGCCAAACCAACGACGAGGACUGCACAGAAAGCUCGUGCAUGAACGGCGGUACCUGUAUCGAUGGUAUCAACAGCUACAACUGCUCUUGUCAGGCCGGAUUCACCGGAUCGAACUGCCAGUACAAGAUCAACAAAUGCGACUCGCAACCCUGUCGGAACGGUGCCACCUGCUACGACUACGACAACGACUACACUUGCCACUGCUCGUACGGCUACACCGGAAAGCAGUGUAUGGACUACGUGGACUGGUGCUCACAAUCCCCUUGCGAGAAUGGUGCCACCUGUGUUCAACGGGAAAACGUGUACCAAUGCAUCUGCGCUCCUGGUUGGACCGGUAAGCUAUGCGACGUGGAAAUGGUAUCCUGCAAGGACGCUGCCAUGCGGAAACGUGUCGAUCAGAAGCUCCUCUGCCACAACGGAACAUGCGAAGAUUUCGGCAAUUCCCAUCGAUGCCACUGUCAGCAAGGUUACACCGGAUCAUACUGCCAGAAAGAGAUCAACGAAUGCGAAAGCCAACCCUGCCGAAAUGGUGGCCACUGCAAGGACCUCAUCGGAUCGUACAAGUGCAUAUGUAAGAAGGGCUUCCAAGGUCAGAACUGCGAACUCAACAUCGACGAGUGCAAGCCAAACCCCUGCCGCAACGGAGGUAUUUGCCACGAUCUGAUUAACGACUACAAGUGCUCGUGUCCACCGGGAACGCUCGGAGUACUCUGCGAAAUCAAUACGGAUGACUGCAUCGUGGGUGCUUGCCAUAACAAUGGCAGCUGUAUUGACAAGGUAGGAGGUUUCGAAUGCCGCUGUCCACCGGGCUUCGUGGGAUCUCGCUGCGAAGGCGACAUCAACGAAUGUUUGUCGAAUCCAUGCUCAAAUCCAGGAACGCUAGAUUGCGUCCAGCUGGUCAACGAUUACCACUGCAACUGCAAGCCGGGACACAUGGGACGCCACUGCGAGAUCAAGGUCGAUUUUUGCGCCAACUCCCCCUGCUUAAAUGGGGGAAUCUGCUCAAUCCGCCAGUCCGGACAUCACUGUGUCUGCACGGACGGGUACUAUGGCAAAAAUUGUGAAUUCUCCGGUCAUGACUGCGACUCGAACCCAUGCAUCAACGGACUUUGCCAGAUUGCAGAUGACGGCGGCUACAGGUGCGAGUGUCCGCUGGGAACCAGUGGCGUCAACUGUGAAAUCGACAUACUGGAUGAGUGCAAUUCGAGUCCAUGUGAGCGAGGUGCCGCGUGUCAGAACAAGCUAGGCGACUUCGAGUGCUUCUGCCCGCCGAAAUGGGCCGGAAAGACGUGUAACAUUUAUGACCCAUCGUACAAGGGGUGGUUUGAGAGCGACAUCAAGAAAAAAGGCAUUCUGAAUAUCUAUGCCAUUGAUUUGGAGUAUCAGAGGGCACAGUGCGUGAAAAAGGGUUGCAGGGAGAAGCAGGGCAACCAUCGGUGUGACGAAGAAUGCAACACCUAUGCGUGUGACUUUGAUGGAAACGACUGUUCGUUGGGAAUCAACCCAUGGUUGAACUGCACGGCCAGUAUUAACUGUUGGGAGGUGUUCCAAGAUGGAGUUUGCAAUGAAGAAUGCAACAAUGCUCAGUGUUUAUUCGACGGACGUGAUUGCGAGAAGAAGUUGCAGCCAUGUAACCCGGUGUACGACGCGUACUGCCAGAAGCACUAUGCCAACGGAUUCUGCGACUACGGAUGUAACAAUGCGGAGUGUAAUUGGGACGGUUUAGAUUGUGAGAACGAUCGCGAACCGGCUCAGCUGGCUGAAGGUGCUAUUUCUAUCAUCCUGUUGAUGGAUAUGGAAACAUUCCGGAAAAACUCCGUCCAAUUCUUGCGUGAUUUGGGCCACCAAUUGAGAACGACAGUGCGGAUUAAGAAGAAUUCCGCUGGAAUGGAAAUGAUCUUCCCCUGGAAGGGAGGCACUGCCCUGCAGGGAUUGGCUGAAAGCGAAUUUGGACGCAAGCAUCAUGUAGUAUACACGGAAGCUCGUCAGACAGGUAUUCAAGUCUUCCUGGAGUUGGACAACCGCAAGUGUAUCGGAAUGACCGGUGCAGAAUGCUUCGGAACGGCUAGUGAGGCUGCAGAAUUCCUUGCCGCAACGGCUUCGAAGCACUCCCUCUCAAAGCAGUUCCCAAUCUACCAGGUAAAGGGUGUUAACCCGGAUGAGGAUGGUCUACCGGAGCAGACCAAUGCGAACUAUGUACUACUUGGCGUCUUGAUCGGAUUACUUUUAUUUGCCAUGUGUGGAGUGUUGGUGGCAAACCGAAAACGUGCUCAUGGAGUUACAUGGUUCCCGGAAGGAUUUUUCACGGCCAAUACCAACGUCCGUAGGCCGUCUCGUAGACGACCUGAUGGGCAAGAAAUGCGUAACUUGAACAAGAACCCCUCGAUGGUGGACAUGGCCAAUGGACAUAUGGGCAACUCGCAGCAGUGGUGCAACAGUGACGAUGAAUCGGAAAUGCCGCAACCAAAACGGUUGCGUGGUAUUGAUCAAGGGUACUCAAGUGAUCAUACUGCCAUUACGGAUUACGAAGAAACGGAACCUAGAGUUUGGUCGCAACAGCAUUUUGAAGCUGCUGACAUUCGUGAUCAUCCGGCAAUGAUGACUCCUCCGACGCAUCACGAUGGUGGCCAUAAUGAUGUAGAUGUGCGAGGACCUUGCGGCAUGACUCCUCUGAUGGUGGCUGCGGUUCGUGGAGGAGGUAUCGAUUCGGGAGAAGACAUUGACUCAACUGACGACUCCACUGCUCAAAUUAUUUCGGAGUUGGUAGCUCAAGGUGCUGAACUGAACGCGACUAUGGAUAAGACCGGAGAGACCUCGCUCCAUUUGGCAGCACGGUAUGCUCGAGCAGAUGCAGCCAAGAGGUUGUUGGACGCUGGAGCCGACGCAAACAGCCAGGACAAUACUGGGCGUACUCCGCUGCACGCAGCUGUUGCUGCGGAUGCUAUGGGUGUGUUCCAAAUCUUACUGCGCAAUCGUGCAACGAACCUGAACGCUCGCAUGCAUGAUGGAACGACGCCACUGAUCUUGGCAGCUCGCCUUGCCAUUGAAGGAAUGGUAGAAGAUCUGAUCACUGCCGAUGCUGAUAUUAACGCCGCGGACAAUAGCGGCAAGACUGCACUACAUUGGGCAGCGGCUGUUAACAAUGUCGAUGCGGUUAACAUCCUCCUAACCCAUGGUGCCAAUCGAGAUGCUCAAGAUGAUAAGGACGAGACUCCACUUUUCCUUGCCGCUAGAGAAGGAUCGUUUGAAGCGUGCAAGGCCUUACUGGACAACUUUGCCAAUCGAGACAUCACGGAUCACAUGGAUCGGUUACCACGGGACGUGGCAAGCGAACGAAUACAUCAGGACAUUGUGCGACUACUGGACGAACACAUACCACGUAGCCCGCAGAUGGUGACGACGAUCCCGAACACGAUCAUGUCACCCACAGCGCAUCCGCACAUGAUCACCCACCCGACGAUCAUCGCUUCGACAAAGCAAAGCAAACAGAAGAAGCGGGCGAAGAUGAAUGGAGCCGUCGGAGGACCGCAAAAUCCGAACAGUCCGGACAAUGAUGGCAGCAUCCGUCGGAAAGCGGUGGCCAAGAAACCGACUCCGGGAGCCAAAAAAGGUGCGAACCUUGGCGAUGUUCAGAUUUCGGACGAUCAGCUCAGUUCGGUGGAAUCGCCACUGGCCAACAUUCCGAGCCCGUAUGAUACCGUCAGUUUGUACUCGAACGCAAUGGCGGUGCACCAUAUGGAUACGAUGACCGGUGCUGGCACCGGUAAGAAGCCACCAAGCUACGAGGAUUGCAUUAAGAGCGCACAAUCAAUGCAAUCACUGCACAACAUCAACCUGGACAACUACGGUUACUCUAUGGGCGGUGCCGGCAACACUCCGUUCCAGGAUCUGUUGAUGAACCAACGAGGAAACGUGGCUGCAAAUAUGCUGCACGCAAUGCAUGCGAUGGGAGAAAGUGGACUCAGUCCGCCCUACUCGAACCAAUCUCCGCCGCACUCAGUGCAGAGUAACUUGGCCCUGUCUCCGCAAGGGUAUAUUGGUUCGCCGUCACCGGCCAAGACGAGGCCCAGCUUGCCAACGUCGCCGACGCACAUCCAAGCGAUGCGACAUGCGCAGCAGCAGAAGCACGGUGUGCAAAUGAUCUCCAACGGAAGUAUGCAGCAACAGCAGCAGCAGCAACAGCAAAAUAGCGGUAGUAUAGGCUGUGGACCACAGCAGAGCAGUAGUAAUAACAAUAGCAGUAACAACACAAACAGUGCAAUGUUGGCCGGCCUGCAGAUGAAUUACAUGAACGGCUCGUCCGGACUGGAGCUGGCGGGCUUCUGCAGUCCCACAGGCCAAGGAUCUCAAGCAACCACAUCGCAGAACACCACCGCCACCACAAUAUCGUCGCCAUCGUCGUCGACCAUGUCGUCGGCGCACCUCUCGCCGAUGUCGUCCGCAUCGGCGCAUUGCCAGCAGUCCACUCUCAACAGCCAACAGUCAUCGUACUAUCAGUAUCUGACGCCGCCGAGCCAGCACAGUGGUGGUGUGACCCCGCAGCAUCUGGUCCAAACACUGGACAGCUACCCGACGCCAUCGCCGGAAUCGCCCGGUCACUGGUCAAGUUCCUCGCCGCACUCGACGUCGGACUGGUCCGAAGGGGUCCAGUCGCCUGCCGCGGCCAACAUGAAUGUGUACGUGACGACUGCCGCCCCCGGUGGUCAUCAGGCCAACAAAGGUUCGGAAGCGAUCUAUAUCUAAUCCAUGGGGUGGGUUGGAGACAGGUCAGUUAAUGCAAGUGCCUCGUCCUAAACGUUUUAAACGCAUCUGUACAGAGAACAAUGCCCCCUAGCUCCGCUUCGCCUUCGAUUGCCCUGCUGCAAAAUCGGAGAUCGGAGCGAAACGUGAUAGUGAUAAUUUAUUCGAUAAUUUAACUAGUAUUUAGACAUAAUUUGUUUCAAAAGACUCCCCUCUCGAAGGAACCGUGCGUGCUGAAAAAUCACUGCUUAAUCAUGCGACGGUAUGAAUGAAUUUCCAUUUGUUUGUGUAAGAGAAAAGUGAGAAUGUUUGUUUGAGAGAGUGAAAAAAUCGAGCAUUCCUCGUAAGCAGAGACUCAUUUUUAACUAACAAAAGACACAUUGUACAAUUUACUUCCUUAUUUUUAGAAUUUUUUUUUUUACUUAUCUAUGCAUAAUCUAUGUACGACAAUUAUUUGUUUCGCUUAGUAAACGUAAUUUUUGUCGUGUUGUAAAUAUUUGCGCAUACGGACAAGAAACUCAAGAAACAUGGUCUGAUUAAUAGGUUAGGUUUUUAAGGCGAAAGAAGGCAAAAAUGCGCUAGAAUUAGCAAAUAAUAUGUUUCAACUGGAAAACGAAUCGAUAUUUGUUUUAAACUUUUCAUUUUCCCAUUCGCCACAAUGAAAAAUAAAUUAUAUAUAUCGUGGAAACCUGCCACGACUGUAGAUGUUGUACAUAGUCGCAAACCCCAGAAGAACAAGACAGAGUAAAAUAUAAUAGAAACGAAAACAUUUUCCACUUCCAUUCCGAAAGCGAAAAUGUGUUAUUUUUAUCGAGAAUAUUUUAAAUGUAGCGAUUUUAACAAAUAAUAAACAACUCGAUUUUUUAUUGAAAUGAAAGCCUCUCUAGUUUAGUUUCUAGGAAAAUAUGAAAAGUUCGAAAAAAUAAACAUUGUUGGAACGGUAUCAAAUAUAAAUUGUUCGAAUGAAAAUCUCAGUUCGCCGCAGAUCCAGUGAAUCAUACCCAGCAUGCAAUAUGAAUCAUGACAUAGACAACUCGAAUGGCGUUAGAAAGUAUUUUAAAUGUGCAUUUCCAUUAGAAAGAAACGAACAAAAAGGUUUUAUUGACGAGCUGUUUUAUUAGGUUUUAUUAUUACGUAAUAGAAGAAGACAGUUGAACGUGAUUUUAAAGAAAGUUUUUAGAAGAGCGUAUAUAGAUAGAUAACGAGACGAUAUUUGUCUCGAUGGAAGUUAAAAGAAGAUAUGAGAAUAAUAAAAAUGUAUAAAAAAUAUUUUAUAAAAAAAA